AUGGCGAUGCAACUCGACGCCGAUAAAAUGCAGCUCAUCCAGGAGCUGGAGAUUGAAAUGAUGGCCGACUUGUACACCCGACUCACACAGACCUGCUACAAAAAAUGCAUUGCACCUGCCUACUCUGAGAGUGAACUUGUAAAAGGGGAAGCAGUCUGCCUGGACCGCUGCGUCGCUAAAUUUCUCGACAUCCACGAGCGGAUAGGCAAGAAACUGGGCCAAAUGACCGCCCAGGAUCAAGAAGCAAUGCUUAAGAAAUAAUUUAGUUAUAUCACAGCAGUCUAUGUAUAUGUAGUAUUGUUAAUAUUGAUUUGUUUAAAUAUUUGGGGGACCUGACUAUAUACGACUAAAUAUUUAAUCGAAAAUUAUAAACUCGUUAAUUUUGCA